AUGGACGUGGACCAGGGCCUCCCAGCCAUCGAGAGCCACAGAGAACUCCACAUAUGGAUCAUUGAGAACCUGAAGAUGGUGCCAGUACCAGAGAAGGCUUACGGGAACUUUUUUGAGGAACACUGCUAUAUCAUCCUUCAUGUCACCCAGAGCCCGACACCAACACCAGGGGCGUCCAGUGACCUGCACUACUGGGUGGGGAAGGAGGCGGAUGCCGAGGCUCAGGGCACUGCGGGCGCCUUUGUGCAGCGCCUGCAAGAGGUGCUAAGAGGCCAGACCGUGCAGCACCGUGAAGCACAAGGCCACGAGUCCGACUGUUUCCUCAGCUACUUCCGCCCGGGAAUCAUCUAUAGGAAGGGAGGCCUAGCCUCAGACCUGAGGCAUUUGGAGACCAACGUGUACAACAUCCAGCGACUGCUGCACAUCCAAGGGAGGAAGCAUGUGUCUGCCACCGAGGUGGAGCUCUCCUGGAACAGCUUUAAUAAAGGUGACAUCUUCCUGUUAGACCUAGGCAGGAUGAUGAUCCAAUGGAAUGGGCCCAAGACCAGCAUUUCUGAGAAGUCCCGGGGACUGGCCCUGACCUACAGGCUUCAGGACCGGGAACGUGGUGGUCGCGCACAGAUUGGUGUGGUGGAUGAUGAGGCCCAAGCCACUGAUCUCAUGCAGAUCAUGGAGGCUGUGCUGGGCCGCAGAGUGGGCAGCCUGCGUGCUGCUAUACCCAACAAGAGUAUUAACCAGAUACAGAAGGCCAAUGUUCGCCUCUACCAUGUCUAUGAGAAGGGCGAGGACCUGGUGAUCCAGGAGUUGGCAACCCAGCCGCUGACCCAGGACCUACUGCAGGAGGAGGACUGCUACAUCCUGGACCAGGGUAGCUUCAAGAUCUAUGUGUGGCUGGGACAAAUGUCCAGCCCCCAGGACAGAAAGGCUGCCUUCAGCCGGGCUGGGGGCUUCAUCCGGGCCAAGGGCUACCCAACUUACACCAACGUGGAAGUGGUAAACGACGGAGCAGAGUCGGCCGCCUUCCAGCAACUUUUCCGGACCUGGUCUUCAAAGAAGGGCAGGAACAGGAAGCUGGGAGGCAUGACUGGGCUGGUGGAGAGGGAUAAAUUGAUUCAGGUAAAACUGGACGUGGGCAUGCUGCAUAGCCAGCCUGAGCUAGCGGCCCAGCUCAGGAUGGUGGACGACGGCUCUGGGAAGGUGGAGAUGUGGUGCAUCCAGGACUUACGCAGGCAGCCUGUGGAUCCCAAGCAUCAUGGACAGUUGUGCAUAGGCAAUUGCUACCUCAUCCUCUACACAUACCACAAGCUGGGCCGUGUCCAGUACGUCCUGUACCUCUGGCAGGGCCAUCAAGCCUCCGCAGAUGAGAUCAAGGCCAUGAACUGCAAUGCUGAAGAGCUGGAUGUCAUGUACAGUGGAGCCCUGGUGCAGGUGCACGUGACCAUGGGCAGUGAGCCCCCCCACUUCCUUGCCAUCUUUCAUGGACACCUGGUGGUCUUUCAGGGGAACACCAGGCACAAGGGACACGGGCAGCCAGCAUGCACCGCAAGGCUCUUCCACGUUCAGGGCACCGACAGCCACAAUACCAGAACCAUGGAAGUGGCAGCACGUGCCUCAUCUCUCAACUCCAGUGACAUCUUCUUGCUGGUCACAGUCAGCGUCUGCUACCUUUGGUUUGGGAAGGGCUGUAAUGGUGACCAGCGUGAGAUGGCACGGGUGGUGGUCACUGCCAUCUCUGGGAAGAACAUGGAAACAGUGCUAGAAGGUCAAGAGCCUGCCCACUUCUGGGCGGCCCUGGGAGGCCGGGCUCCCUACCCCAGCAUCAAGAGGCUCCCUGAGAAGGGCUACAGCUUCCAGCCUCGACUGUUUGAGUGCUCCAGCCAGAUGGGCUGCCUGGUCCUCACGGAAGUGGUGUUCUUUAGUCAAGAGGACCUGGACAAGUAUGAUGUCAUGUUACUGGAUACCUGGCAGGAGAUCUUCCUGUGGCUGGGAGAAGCUACAAGUGAGUGGAGGAAAGCGGCAGUGGCCUGGGGCCGAGAAUACCUGGAGACCCAUCCAGCUGGGAGGAGCCCGGCCACACCCAUUGUGCUAGUCAAGCAGGGCCAUGAGCCUCCUACCUUUGCUGGGUGGUUCUUCACUUGGGACCCGUACAAGUGGACCAACCACCAGUCUUACGAGGAGGUGGUGGAGAACAGCCUGGGAGCUGCACUGGCUGUCUCUGAGAUAACAGCAGAAGUCAACAACUUCCAGCUAUCCAGAAGGCCGGGUGAUGGCAGGGCAGGUCCCUCGACCCAGAAGGCCCUUAAGGGCUCCCAGGACAGCUCAGAGAGUGAGCUGGCACUGGGCCCCAAGGUGGGUGCCAAUAGCACCAGCACCAACAUCAGCAGCACCAGCCCAGUAAGCAGUGGGGGCCUGCCCCGAGAACUACUGGCACACCAGGCUGCUGAAGACCUGCCAGAAGGUGUGGACCCUGCACGCAAGGAGUUCUAUCUCUCAGACUCUGACUUCCAAGAUAUCUUUGGGAAAUCCAAGGAAGAAUUCUACAGCAUGGCCAAGUGGAAGCAGCAGCAGGAGAAAAAGCGGCUGGGUUUCUUCUGA